AUGAAAAAUCAGAACCACAAUCUACGAGACCUUAACAAUCCUCCACCUGGGAGGAACGGUCAAGGAGUUGCUAUGGAUGACGAAGACACAGAGCACCCGAUAGACUACAUUGAACUUUUCGAAGAAAUAUGUGGAGUAACUGCUACAUCCAAGGAAUCUCAGAACUACUCAAUGUGCAAACUUUUUCCGUUUUCCCUUGAAGACAAGGCAAGUAGAUGGUUGAAGUCUCUGCCUCCAGCAUUGAUUGCAACUUGGGAAGAAUGUAAGGCCGCUUUUCUAAAUCACUUUUACACUAGAUCUCGCUCCAACCUCUUGAGGAGUAAAAUACAAGGAUUUAGACAAGGAAAAACUGAAUCAUUUAGUGAAGGUUGGGAGCGCUUCAGAGCAUAUGAGAGGGACUGCCCUCAGCAUGGUUUUACAGAUGGUGGCUUGAUGAACAAAUUUUAUGAAGGAAUUGACCCUAAAAACCAGCUAUCUCUUGAUGUAGCAAGUAAUAAUAAUUUUGCUACAAAGACAAUUGAGGAUGCUCGGAUUUUAAUCUACAAUUUAUCUGAGAGCGAUAACAACUACCGCUCGACCCCUUUGGACGAGGAGGAAGAUUCUGAUCAAGCCUCGGAUAUUAAACAGCUCAAAGAAACAAUGAGUUUGAUCGUCAAGCAUAUUCAAAAAGGAGAUGACACGUUCGAAGAUGAGGAAAAAUUUUGUGAUAAAGAAGAAGAGUUGAAUUACAUUGGAGCUAGAAGCAACUACCAAGGGAGGUUUCAUAACCGAAACGUCAAAGAUCAAGGACAUCAAUUAAACCGAGGCAAUUUCCGACAAAGAGCUACAUUUACCGACUUUCAAGGUUUUCAAAGAGGAUUUCCUAAUCCAACCAUGAGAGAUCAAGGCCCUGACUUGAGAGAUUGGAUGCUAGGGAUUGAGACCAGCGUACAAGCCUUUAUUGAAGACACUAAUUUGAAGAUGAGCGAUAUGUAUAAGGAUCUGAACGAUAAGAUGACUUCCCUUACAAUCAAGAUCAAUGAGCAAGUGCUUGACCUUGCAAACUUAAAAGCUAUAUUGUUGAGGAGUGGAACAGCCUACAAAGAACCAGAAUAUCCAGAGAAAGAUCGAACACCAGAAGUUAUUCCCGUCGAAGAAGAAGAAGGAACCAUAGGGGAAAAGGAAAUAGAAGAGCUUAUCCACGACGAGAUCACCAAGGACACUCUACCUCAAGUUCCACCUUCGACGCGCAUUUAUAAACCCAAGGUACCAUAUCCAACUAAAGUUUCUAAGAAAGAAAAAGAGAGAGGCAAACUCAAGGAGCUUGUCGGGCAAUUAUCGGUAAGGCUACCUUUUGUUGAAGCUUGUGCAAUGAUUCCCCCUCUAAGGAAGUACAUGAAGAGUAUUUUCACAAAUAACGUCAGUCUAGAGGAUGGUGUCAUGGUGAUUACGCAAGAGUGCAGUGCAAUUCUACAAAAUGACAUUCCUCAAAAGCGAGGAGACCCAGGUAGUUUUGUUCUAUCAUGCAGGAUUAAAGAUGAAGUUUUCAAACGCUCUCUUUGCAAUUUGGGAUCAAGUAUCAAUAUGAUUCCUCGGUCAGUUGCCAAACGCCUGGGAUACCAUUUUUUCAAGCCUACCAAGAUCUCAUUGGUCCUUGCGGAUAGAUCGAUUCGACGCCCUGUCAGAAUUGUAGUUGAUGUACCGAUUGUUAUUGGAGCUUGUCAAAUCCCAACAUACUUUGUGAUUUUAGAGCUUGAGAAGGAGCCUAAAGAUCCUUUGAUACUUGGUCGUCCAUUCCUUUCCACAACCGGAGUUAUCAUUGAUGUUCCCAACGAAAAGAUCGACUUAAACCUUGGAGGCUAUGUUAUGAAGUUUUACAUGAAUGAAUCAUUGAAGCUAUCGAUUUCGGAGAACUUAUAUAACCCGAUCUUCACCAUCAAGGAUUUGGAAGAAGAUACUAGCGGAGUAUGCGAAGAUAUAUUCUUUUAUGACCCCUUGGAGAUAGCAUUGACCAGAGCUCAAAAGGAGUACAACUUUCAAAAAGAAGAAGUCGAAAACUGCGCAAAUAUUCUUGACUCCGCUGAAACUUGUGAGAACAUCGUUGCAUAUCUUGAUCUCGACGAAGAGAACGACGCUCCUACAUCACCUAAAAACACACCAGCUGCUGUAGCAGAUCCAUGGAGCGAAUUGAGAGCCCCAAAACCAAACUCAAGCAGCUUCCCACUGGAUUCCUCAAUGGCUCCAAAUAUGAAGAUUUACCAAAAGAAGGGGAGCAGAUUAACCUCUGCCGCUGCUAGAACCGGAGGUGAUACCGCCGAAGCUCGCGAUUCACAAGGAAGGGGUGACGUUCCACAUUCACAAGGAAGGGGUGACGUUUCGCAUCCCCCACCCGAGAAGGUGCUCGAGCAACUGAUCGUGCAGAGACCCAUGUUCUUUCUCCCGACCCAGUAG